UUUUGGUUUUCGGCUCUCUGGGUCUCGGUUGUUGGGCUGGACACUUGUUCCUCCCAUGCUGUCGCUCGAGCACUCAUAAUCCUCUGCUUUAUAUACAUCUCAUUAGGGUGUUCAUCGGUCACACCCACUCAACAGAGGAGAAAGUUCUAGUCCUCCUGAACAGUGAGACAAAAAAAACUGUAUCUCACAGAGAGAGAGAGAGAGAGAGAGAGAGAUAUGGGGAAUAUAGGAGAGAUUGAGGAAAUUCAGGGGUAUUUGUCAUCUUCAACAACAAUGCCUCUACUGGCUUUGAAUCAUGUCUCGUUCGUUUGCAAGUCUGUGAGCAACUCCGUUAGGUUCUACGAGGAUGUCUUGGGCUUUGUACUCAUCAAACGCCCUUCUUCCUUCGACUUUGAAGGAGCUUGGUUGUUCAACUAUGGUAUUGGCAUACAUUUGCUGGAGUCGGACAAUGCCCCAACAAAGAAAAGCGCAAUAAACCCAAAAGACAACCAUAUUUCAUUCCAAUGCUCAGACAUGAACAGGGUUAUUCGGAAACUAGAGGAGAUGAACAUAGAGUAUGUUACGGCAGUGGUGAAGGAAGGUGGGAUUACAGUUGAUCAGCUCUUCUUCCACGACCCUGAUGGGUACAUGGUUGAAAUAUGCAAUUGUCAAAAUCUCCCUGUUCUUCCACUUAUGUCAUGCCCUCUCAAGCUAGCUGAACCAACCAGGAACAACACCAUCCCAUCAUUUUAUGGUAAGCGAGUUACAGAGAUGCAGUGCUAUGGAGAAGCUGAGGAGCUGAUGAUGGAGAACUUUAUGUUGGACAUGAUGACCAUUUCGAUCUGAUCAAGGAUUCCUUGAGACUGAUUGUUGCAAAUUCUCUACAAAAUCUCAUGGAAUUGUUGUUGCAUACAAUAUUGUGCAUCUUUGUUUUGUGAGGAGUGAAAAAAAAAACAUUCUUGCUUCUGAUUAUGGAGUUUUGUAUGAUUUGUUGUGAUAAUGUUGCAUUAUGAACUGGAUGAGUUGAUCUACUUUUAUGUCUACGAUUAUUUAUAUGAAGGGCCGAUUAUUUAUGGUCA